AUGACUGGCAAUCCGUUUACCAUUAAAAUGUCAACCUAUGCCGUCCUCGAAACCAAACCGAAGAACGCAACGCCUGAACACCCCCAACUGGUCUUCGACCUGUUUUCCACAACCUUCGCACUAACUGGCCCGAUGAAGCCUACGGUGCGCGUUCGCUCUGUUCAGCCAAUAAUAUGUUCAAGUCUCCAAGAUUGUGUUGAGGAAACCUUCGCGGCGUUGGACACCGAUAAAUCUGGCAAAGUUAGCUGCGCUGAGCUGAAGUCUGCCCUUGAGAAGUGCAAGGGUGAGAAGAUUGACGAAGACGUCAUGAAGCAAUUUAUCGCCAAAUUUGACACCAACAAGGACGGGGAAUUAAGUUUGGAGGAACUUAGAGCUCUUUUUUAA